ACGACAACAACAACGACAACAACAACGACAACAACAACGAAAACAACAACGAAAACAACAACGACAACAGCACCAGCAGCAACAACAACAGAAAGUUUUAACAGGAGCAUCAUCGGAAUCGGUUUCAUAUACGCAGAAUAAUGACCAGAUGCUACGACACCGAAAUUUGCCUAUUGCAUCUGUAAUGCAUCAUCAGAAGAUGGUCAAUGAAAUCCAUAUCGUGGAUACUGCUAGGCACGUGCCUUUUCCAAACAGUAAAGGAAUCGUAAAAUCUGACGCAGUAGCAAAUAUAAGGCAAAGAGAACAACAGUUACUAGAAUUAGCCACUCUCAAAUUGGCAUUUCUUCAAACAAAAGUUCCAGCUUCAAUCGUGUCCAAUAAACAAUCACUGAAUACUUCCAAAUCAUCCACACAUUUAUCAUCUCUUCCACAAUUUGUAUCACCACAUACCUCAGAACGAUUAUCUGGGAUUCAGCCUACGGCACAACGACGAAAACUUAAAAUAUCACGAUUACCAAUCCUAACAAUCGUCACACCUGAACCGAACAGUCCAACGCAACAGUUUGCGCCGCAAAUAUCACGCACCAAUACUCUCCACAGAGCAUCUCUUGAACCAGUUUUAGCAUCUCAAACAACGACACUACAACCAGCUCACAUAGCUCUAAAACAACAACAUCAAUCUCUAGUAGCUACGAAAGAUAUUGAUGAAAAAAUUUUACUUAGUACUAACGAUGCAUUCUUGGAAUGUUGCAAACAGAAAAAUGUCGAUGUUAAAUGUGAAUCACGAUGUAAUUUCGACAUUCUUGAUCAAAGAAUGUUGACUGCAAUGUUUGUUGGCUCAGAUCCAUGCCCUCGAAGUAACGGUCAGAGGUUAUUAUCAUGUGCUGCUCAGGAUUCUGAUCAUACUAAUUGCUGCCGCGCAAAUGGCGUGCAACAAACAGCUGCUGGUGACAAAUGUUUAGGAUUCUGUCAAAUGACUCCCGAAUCCAACUUUCAGGCAGAUAUAAGUAUGCUGCCAUGUUGGGGUGUACUCAACGAAAUCAAAGAAUGCUUUCGUCUUAAUCUUAUUGAAAAGUACAACAUAAAGAAGGUUGCGUAA